CUUGCGUACCAAAAGGAAAAACAUCCAAUAUCAACACAUAUCGUACAGUAUCGGUAAACAUUCAAACAAUUCAAAAAUAUCAAACAAAAGUAUAUCGAACAUAUUACAGCAAAUACCAACACCGGCAGUGACCACUUAUCAUUCGGGCUGUCGCGGUGUGUGGUGUGUGUUACCCACAGCGAUUCUUACUUUUGAAAACAAGUGAACUCCGCGGGGAACCUUCGCCUCUUCUCUCUGGAUCUAGGCCGAUGAAUUCGUAGCUGAACAGUGUUCUAUCAGUGACCUUGUGAGACACCGCCGUCUACGAACACUCGCGCCGUGAAAAUGAAACUCUUCCCCGUGCGGCUGUCCAACAUCAAUAAGAUGUUGGACUUUUAUUCCCAGUUCAAUCCAUCACCAUUGAGCAUUAAGCAAUUUAUCGAUUUCGGUCUAAAUGCAUGUCCCCGAAAGUCGUUCGUUUUCCUUCGGAAAGAGCUGCCCGUUCGUUUGGCAAAUAUCAUGAAAGAAAUCACGCUGCUACCCGAAAGCCUGUUACGAAUGCCGUCUGUCGGCCUGGUCAGUGCAUGGUACGUGAAAAGCUUCGAGGAAGUGCUCGCAUUCGAGAAAACCGACCCAACGGACCCCAAUCUAGAGAAAUUCUGCAAAUCGCUAAUCCAGAUUCGCGACCGCCACUCCGAUGUAGUGCAAACGAUGGCACAAGGCAUAUUGGAACUAAAGGAGAGUCGUGACGGAGCAAUUGAGCCGUCGACCGAGCUCUCGAUUCAGUACUUUCUGGAUCGCUUGUACAUGUCCCGUAUCAGUAUAAGAAUGCUCAUCAAUCAACACACUAUACUGUUUGGCGAAAUACCCCAAACCGGGCGCCAUAUCGGCAGCAUCGAUCCUUUAUGCGAUCCUCAUAUGGUUGUACGGGAUGCGUACGAAAAUGCACGUUUUCUGUGCGAUCAAUACUACCUUGCCAGUCCCGAGCUGGAAGUCAUAGAGCAUAAUGAGAUUGACAAAGGUAAUCCGAUAAAGAUUGUGUACGUGCCAUCUCACUUGUAUCACAUGCUGUUUGAGUUGUUCAAGAACUCGAUGCGUGCCGUGAUGGAGCAUCACGGUACGGAAAAUGAUGUCCCUCCGAUUAAGGUGACCAUCGUGAAGGGCAAGGAGGAUAUCUGCGUUAAGAUGUCGGACCAAGGCGGCGGCAUUGCACGAUCGCAGGUGGAUCAACUGUUCAAGUACAUGUACAGUACUGCGCCGCAACCACCGAAAUCGAAAACAGAUUUACCUUUAGUCCCGUUGGCCGGUUACGGAUACGGCUUACCCAUUUCUAGAUUGUAUGCCAGAUACUUUCAUGGCGAUUUGGUCCUGUUUUCCUGCGAAGGAUACGGUUCCGAUGCAAUAAUUUAUCUGAAAGCAUUUUCAGAUGAGGCGAACGAGUUGCUGCCAAUAUUCAACAAAACCAGCACACGAUUCUACAAAGCAACUGUGCCGACUGGCGAUUGGUCUAAUCAGAAUUCAGAUAUGAACUCCAAGCAAAUGAACGCUCAAACAAGGCGUGCUGGGACGCUCGGUACGAACACAUCUUGAUCGCUUUCCACAUCCGACGACGAGGAGGGCGAUGACAGUGGGGAAAAAUAACCGGAUACCUGGUCCGAAAUGCAGCUCAUCAGUGCGAAGAGAAUAACAGCAAUUCCCAUGUAGUUUGCAAUAUAAUUAAAGGUUGUAUCUUCUAUUGUGCUACUUUCUUUUCCUUCCUUUGCUUUCUAAUACACAAAACACAACGUCAUCAGGCCAAAGAACGGAUGGUACCGCUAGUUAGGUUGACGAAGAAGACGCAGCUUCGGUAGAUUACUAACAUGCGGUUCUUUAUUUUCCUCAAGAAAAUAAUGUUCACGUCUUCUGCGCAGAAUAAUUACCCCGCCUUUGUCUUGGUUCGUGUUAGAGGGCGUUCACAAAAUAAUACUUAUCAAAUCUACAAGUAAUGUAAUAAAAUGUUUAUUUAUAAUAAUA